AUGGGAUGGGGUGCCUGCCCGGCCUAUUGGGUAGACUUUCUUGAGGGAAUCAGUGGGUUUGGAUGGGAUUUGGACGGGCGUUCGGAUGAGUUUGGGCUGGAUUUUAGAGUUUUGGAUUUUAGAUUCGGUUCCGGCUCCAUUUCGUGGCAAAAGUCACAAAUGGUUAAGUCUCCUUGGGGCAUAGGUGAAAGAUUUCAAGCCUCGGAUAUAGUGGGUUUGGACGGGCGGUCUUCGGAUAGGGUUUGGGCUGCUGGAGUUUUGGAUUUUGGAUUCGGUCCGACUCCAUUUCGUGGCAACAUUCACAAACGGCUAACUCUCUUGGGGCAUAGCUCAAGGGUUUUGGGUGUUCAAGUGACCUAUUUGUGA